AUGGAUGAUAAAGGUGACCAUAUACUGGUGGAUGAGGAUUAUAAUAUCACCGGUAUUAUCGACUGGACGUUCGCUAGGCUGGUGCCAAUCUAUGAGGCAUUUGGUCCCUCGCUGUUGACAGCAGAAAUGAGUGAUAUAUACGAGAGCAACGCUGGCCGAUCCCGGGGCGACACGAUGCUAGCUGAGGCUGUACAGACCAAGAGCAAGCAUCUACAUCUAGUUCGCUUUGCCGGCGGCCCGGAUCUAGUCCGCCGCUUCUCCUUUGGCCUCGGAAUGGGUAUGGACAUAUCUUGGGACGAAGCAGUUGCUUUAUUCCGAGGUAUCAUGUCUACAGCUGAAGGGAGCAGUUUGGAAUUUGACUGGGAUGUCUGGCGUCAAAAUCGUCUAUCUCAACGGGCUGAUGAUGCUAGGUUGCAAGCGCUUCUGCUCAAAUUGGGAGAAAUCUAA